AUGGUCGAAGAUACAGCCACAACAACAUUGAGUGCGGCGGCUCAAGGCCCUGCCCAUGAUCUUUCAGUGUUUCCCGAACGCCUGCGUGGAAAGCGCAUUCUCCUCUGCACAGAGUCCUUUGGCCCCGUCAACGGCGUCUCACGCACGACAUUGAUGCUCGUGAACCACCUACGUGCACAUGGCGCAAAUGUGGGUGUUGUCGCUCCGCACAACCACACAAAAGUUAACACCUUUGUUCCGACCGUCGUCCCCGAGACUGCGUCAACAGACGACGUGCCAGUGAACCCCGAAAUCCGGAUCCAUGGUUAUCCCUUGCCGUUUAACCCGGAGCUCUCGAUUGUCUACCCCGUCCGCCUCUCCGCCCUCUGCGCACGCACUUUCAACGGCCACAAGCCGGACCUUAUCUACCUUGCAAGCCCAGCCUCGCUUGGCUUUCAAGUCAUGCUACAGGUGCGCCAGCAGCCGACCGAGAACCAAAUCCCUGUCUUGGCCAACUUCCAAACCGACCUGUCUGGCUACUGCGCCAUUCUCUUCCCCGCACCCUUCAGCGACUUCGCUGUGUACUGCUUCGCCCAGGUCGAGGGCUUCUUGUUCCGCCACCCAUCCGUCAAGACCAUCUUCUACCCGAGCCGUUUCGUACGUCGCUACCUGGAAAAGAACCGCGUAGCCCCCGAAAAGAUGCAGCUGCUGCGCCGUGGCGUCAACACGGACAUGUUCAACCCCACCCGCCGCAACGAGGUGCUUCGGCAAACGCUGGCUCCCAACGGCGAGAUCAUUCUUGUGUGUGUGGCCCGCAUCGCUGGCGAAAAGGGUUUCGACUUCUUGGCCGCCGUUGCUACAGAACUGGACCGGCGAGGACUGGCAUUCAAGCUAUACAUUGUGGGCGGCAACCGGAACACGGCCGUCGAGGACGAGGUCAAGGAUCUAUUUUCCGAGCUGAUCCAAAAGGGCAAGGUUGUUUUCGCGGGCUUCCAGGUCGGCGAGACGCUGGCUGAGUCCUAUGCUUCGGCUGACAUGUUCCUCCACUGCUCCAUCACCGAGACGUUCGGUCUGGUGGUUCUCGAGUCCAUGGCGAGUGGCGUGCCGGUCAUUGCUCGUGACGAGGGUGGCCCGAGCGAUAUUGUUGACCACGGCAACACGGGCUUCCUGGUGCCGCCCGCCGACCUCGAGAGCUUCGUUAGCAAGGUGCUUUUGCUGGCGGGCGAUUCGGACCUGCGCUCGAAGAUGGGCGGUGAUGCUCGGCGGCAGGCGUGUGACGCGACGUGGGAUAAGAUCAACAACACGGUUGCAUGGCGCAUGCUCGAUGCCAUUGAACAGCGCGACGCGGCCUUGAAGGAGGCGCAAUUCGAGGGCUUUGAAGAAGACCCACAGGAGUCGGCCCGCGAGAGAGAGCCACUGUUGGGCUAUCCCUCUGGCACAAAACUGACAGCCGCUGAGAUGGCAGCUGCCCGGAAGAAGCUGCAGCCUCCGUCGUCGUGGCAGGCGUGGGCUCAGAGCAUCGACACUAGCUUGGUGGAUGCGCGGCUGACGGCUGGAUUGGGCAUCAUCCUCGGGUUCUGGGGCAUCGUUGGCGUCUACCUCAUUUUCAUCAAAGCGGCCCUGUGGUUCAAGGGCCGCGUGCGGGUGGGCGUGUGA